AUGCCUUUCAGAUCGGAUUCACGCAGUCGCAAACCUACCAGAGAUGCGGCCGAGGAGCGUGACGCCCGAUUUCGUUCAAGUUCACCAGACGUAUCUCCAACUGACCGACGGCAGAUGUCGGGUCUGGGUAACCACAGAAGAGCAUUAGCUGUGCUCGAUGAUGCAACAUCAUCGCGGCCGCAGGGGCCUUCGUCAGACACCAGCUCUAUUAACCAGGAACAGGUCGGAUGGUCAUCAUCGCCCACGAUCCCCCCGAGCGCUGGUCCUGGCACUUUCUUUAACGAAGCCUCCGAAUACGAAAUAUCUCCAGCCUCGCCGCUAUUCCGGCCCGGUACGGGACGUACGGCAGCCAGCGACUCGGGAGAGUUAGGUUACGAUCGUGAUAACAGAAGGCCUUCGGUUGCCAGCCAAACAACAAUAAGCAGUCAAGGAUCACGAUCUAGCCAUAGCGGUGGCAAGUUCCGCAAGAAGCUGCAAGGCUUUUUUGGCGAUGAAUUCAAUGUAAGCGCAGAUUCCGAUGGUAACCCUCAGAAUCACAAUUCUGCCGCAAGUUCGGCCCGGGGUAGGAACAACUCUGUUGGUUCUCGCAACACCUCGGACCGCGCUGCAUCUCCCCCAAGACCUCAUACUCCUCUGCCGUCAAGCGAGGUCACCCCAUGGAUGUACCAGAGGUUUCAUGACAUCCCUCAGUACGGGGACGCACCAGUUAGACCGGCACCUAUUGAUCCGGACAGUCAUCGUUUUGCUGGAAAUCAAAAUUCCCAGAAGGAUUCAAACCGUAUGCACUUCCCUGGUCAUCGUCAUUCUCGAAGCAAAGAAGAAAGGUCGACUAUAUCAGGUGACUCAUCGCGUCCUAUUACAGGAAACGACGAUAUCAGUAUCGGCUCUCGAUCCCGGGAUGGCGGCCGCAGUGCGUCGGCUGCAACUAGCUCGGCUGGCCGGGCUACAAGCCCAACUCCCAGUCUCCAGAGCUCCCUCUAUCGGGAAUCUGAUGAUCCACACUCGCCUGGUCUGCCACCGAAUAAGCGUGGUUUCCUCGAUAAGCUGCGCCGUCACAAAGCCCCGAAUACGUUGAAGCAUCUGCCCGGAUCAAGCAAGUCGCUUCUUGACCCAUCCAAAGGAUCUUCUAAGUCGAAGAGGGAUGCCUCUCCGGUUAGAGUAGGUCGACAAGGCUCCAUCGAAGGCCCUGGGCCGGUGAGGCCAGACACGGCAGAUUCAGAUCGUAGAAAGGAUUCCGCCAAAGGAAUUGGCAUUGGGCCCGCCAAAUUCCGAGGCAGACGAGGUGCUAGUCAUGAAACCGGGGCCAAGGAGCCUAGAGCUCAGUCGGAUCAGGAAGGCUUCUGGACGCUCGACACUGAUCUUGACGACAUGACAGGCAUUAUCAGCGGACCACGGCCGCCGUCACCCAGAGACAAGAGCAGUAUUCACGAUGCAACUACCUCGCAGGGCCAAGACGGAAAGGAUCGAAAUAGUCAGCUUGGGAAUUGGUACGCCCCUGAAAGUUGGCAGGUCAAGCGGCAGGACAUCGCUGCGCGAAUACCAGAAACAGCGGAUGAUUCGCGCGGUCCGCCAGUGAAAGAUGACGGCAAAUCAUAUUUCAUUCGCAUAUUCCGUAUCGACUCGACCUUUGCUACCCUCUCUUCCGGUUUAAACACAACAGUGGCCGACAUUCUAGUGAUGCUCGGUCGAAAGUCAUUCUUGCAAGAUGAUCUUAAUAACUAUGAGAUUGUCCUCCGGAAAAAUGAUCUGUCGCGGCAAUUAGAUCACAGUGAAAGACCUAUUCUAAUGCAGAAGCGGCUGCUCGAGCAAGUCGGGUACACUCCGGCAGACAGAAUCGAAGACAUUGGUCGGGAGGAUCACAGCUAUAUCUGCCGUUUCACUUUCUUACCGACAAAACUCAGCGGAUACAGCAGUCUGGAAGGUGAUCCAGGAUUCAACAAAAUGCAGAAAUUCAGCCACGUGGAUCUCCAAGGGCGCAGCCUUGUUACAAUCCCGAUAACACUCUACAAGAAGGCCUCGGAGAUCAUAUCGCUCAAUCUCUCAAGGAACCUGUCAAUGGAUGUCCCGAAGGACUUUAUCCAGAGCUGCAUUAACUUGAGAGAGAUCAAAUUCAUGAGCAAUGAAGCCAAACGUCUACCCCCUAGUAUUGGCCUGGCGUCUCGGUUGACUGUGCUGGAUAUAUCCAACAACCGCUUGGAAGAUCUCGAACAUGCCCAUCUCGACAGGUUGCAAGGUCUUGUCAGUAUCAAGAUGGCAAACAACAAACUGACCCAUCUACCCUCUUACUUUGCCAACUUCAAGUCGCUGCGGAGUCUCAAUAUGUCCUCCAAUAGCUUCCAGGAAAUCCCUGAGUUUCUUGGAAACCUCAAAACUCUUGUUGAUCUCGAUGUCAGUUUUAAUAACAUUCGCAAGCUUCCAAACAUUGGAAAUCUCACAGCUCUGGAGAGGUUGUGGGUAAAUAACAACAUGCUGAGCGGGGAACUUGACGGAAGCUUCAAAAACCUGAUCAACCUCAAAGAAGUCGAUGCUCGUUUCAAUUCGAUCGUCAACAUCGACACUUUGUCCCAACUGCCGCGUUUAGAGCAGCUUCUCCUCGGUCACAACUCGAUUUCCAAGUUCAGGGGCUCUUUCUCAAAACUGCGGACUCUGGUCGUUGAUCAUUGUCCGAUCACACAGUUUGAUGUGGACUCGCCGAUUCUGACGCUCACAUCACUCAAUAUUGCCUCGGCAAAGCUUGUGCAUUUCAACCAAUCGUUCUUUGACAAUCUCCCAAAUUUGACAAAGUUGAUCCUUGACAGGAACCACUUUAUGUCCCUGUCACCUCACAUUGGCAAGCUUCGGAAGUUGGAGCAUUUCAGUAUGAUCAAGAACCCACUUUCCUCUUUGCCAGCUACCAUAGGAUGUCUCGUUGAGCUCAAGUAUCUCAACCUCCGCGAAUGCAACCUGAGUCGACUACCCGCAGAGAUUUGGUAUUGUCUCAAAUUAGAGACUCUUAAUGUUUCGUCCAACGUUUUGGAGAGUUUCCCCAGGCAUACCAGUCAACCCCCUCAGCCUCCGGGAGAGCAAGGAAUCCCUACGCCAGCUUCCACUCCAGGCGUGUCAGGCACCCCAAGCUACGAAGAGCUUGGAGAUCUUGAGGAUUUCAGUGCAAGACGUCCAAGCCAAUCCGGCGCCUCGCACUUGAACCCGGGAACAUCGGGGACAAGUGUCUAUCGGAAAGGUUCCACAGCCUCAUCAAACUUUGGAGGAACGAGAAAGGUGUCUUCUGCUUCAACCAUUUCACGCUCAGCUACAGAUGCGACGUUGUCUUCGCGAAAAGACUCCAACUUUUCGCAACGGCUCGCAACCACUUUUGCCGGGUCACUUCGAAACUUGUAUCUUGCGGACAAUCGCCUUGAAGAUGAUAUCUUCCGUGAAUUGUCGUUGCUUCCAGAAAUCCGCAUACUCAACCUCUCUUACAAUGAGCUUACGGAAUUGCCACUGGGAAUCCUCAAACGUUGGCAAUUUCUCUCGGAGCUUUAUCUAUCUGGAAAUGAACUGACUUCCCUGCCAUCCGACGAUCUCGAAGAGACCAGCAAUCUCAAGACCCUCCAUAUUAAUGUUAACAGGUUCCAAGUACUCCCAGCUGAGCUUUGCAAAGUUAGCAAGCUUUCUAUCCUAGACGUGGGUAGCAACGCUCUGAAGUACAAUGUUUCUAAUUGGCCUUACGAUUGGAAUUGGAACUGGAAUCAUAACUUGAAGUACCUCAAUUUCUCAGGGAACAAACGACUGGAAAUCAAGCCUAAUGUAGCUUCGGUGGGAACAGUCGCCAAUGGGGCGGAGCUCACAGACUUCAACUCUCUCCCACAUUUGAGAGUCCUUGGCCUCAUGGAUGUGACCUUGACGAUUCCCACGAUUCCAGAAGAGACCGAAGACCGACGUGUCAGGACGUCCGCCACUCAUACCGGGGCCCUUGCUUAUGGUAUGGCGGAUUACCUGGGGAGAAACGAGCAUCUUUCGAUAAUCGAUAUGAUGGUGCCUCGCCUUCGGCCGGAUAAUAUGGAAACAGUUGUCGGUAUGUUCGACGGUCAAUGUCCAUCAAGCGGCGGUUCCAAGAUAGCCAAAUUUUUGCACGAAAACUUCACUUCUGCAUUUGUCGACGAGCUCAAGAAGCUACAGAUAGACAAUCAUGAAACACCGCUGGAUGCAUUGAGGAGAGCGUUCCUGUCCCUCAACAAAGACAUGGCAGCAGCGGCGUAUAAGUCGAUCGAUGACCGAGAGAUUCGUCGGUAUCAUCGAGGCUCUGCUUCAGCGAAGCUGCUGAAUCAAGACGACAUCAACAUGGGGGGUGUUGCAACCAUAUUGUUUCUGCAGAACAUGGAUCUCUAUGUGGCCAACGUCGGAGAUGCUCAGGCUGUCCUUGUCAAGUCAGACGGGUCGUCCAGGCAUCUGACGCGUUUCCACGAUCCUGCAGAAUCCCAUGAGAGAGCUCGGAUACGCGCUGCUGGUGGCUUCGUUUCGAGAAAUGGGAAACUCAAUGAUGUUCUCCCCGUCUCUCGCGCCUUCGGCUAUUUCCCAAUGAUGCCGGCAGUCAUUGCUGCACCCCAUACUGUGCGGGUCACACUCUCUGAGCAGGACGAGAUGAUCAUUGUCGGAUCUCGGGAACUUUGGGACUUUGUAACCCCGGAUGUGGUUGUUGAUGUCGCCAGGGCCGAACGCAGAGAUUUGAUGAUCGCGGCGCAGAAGAUUCGCGACCUUGCCAUCUCAUUUGGGGCCACCAAUAAGUUGAUGGUCAUAAUCCUCGGCGUCGGUGAGCUUAGAAAGCGUGAGAGAUACAAGUUCAGAGGCACUAGCAUGUCUAUGGGUCCCUCAUCCUUCCUAGAUGAAUCAAUCGUACCGAGUUCGAAGCGAAGCAAGAAGCCACGUGAUGGUCCCGGUGAUUCGCGGCUCGCUCGAUUUGAGCAUGUUGAUGCCCCUGUGGGCGAGCUUGCUAUUAUCUUCACUGACAUCAAGAAGUCGACCUCGCUCUGGGAAACCUAUCCUGACGCUAUGCGCUCUGCAAUCCAGAUUCACAACGACAUACUGCGUCGGCAGCUCGGAAUUAUUGGUGGGUACGAGGUCAAGACAGAAGGGGAUGCUUUCAUGGUGGCAUUCUCUACUACCACUGCUGCUCUCCUUUGGUGCUUCAACUGCCAGACUCAACUGCUCGAAGCUGAAUGGCCCACUGAAAUUCUCGAGCAGCCUCAGUGUGCGGAACGCUAUGAUAGUGACGGCAACAUCAUUUUCAGGGGUUUGUCUGUCCGCAUGGGUAUCCACUGGGGUGAGCCCGUGUGCGAAAAGGACCCUGUUACAAACCGCAUGGACUACUUUGGGCCCAUGGUCAACCGCGCAUCCCGAAUUAGUGCUGUCGCCGAUGGUGGCCAAGUCUUCGUGUCUUCCGAUUUCAUGAGUGACAUCCAGCGUAACCUUGAGGCUUAUGCUGACAGCGAACGCUCUGCAUCUACCGGAUCAAGCGAAUCAUAUGUGGAUCCUAUUGGACAGAACAUUCGUCGCGAGCUCCAACAGCUCAAUAGCCAAGGGUUCGUGAUCAAAGACCAGGGAGAACGCAAACUGAAAGGGCUUGAGAAUCCCGAGCCUGUCUAUCUCAUCUAUCCCCACUCGCUUGCUGGUCGCAUUGCGGCCAUCGAAAGCACCAAGCCGGAAGAAGGCGACACGCCAGCUACCAUUGCUAGGAGCUCCCAGCUGGAACUGCAGACAGACUUGAUCUGGCGCCUCUGGGAGAUCACUCUUCGCUUGGAGAGACUCUGCAGCUCUCUGGAAGAUCCAGUGGAUACGCGUCUCAAAGAGCCAAAUGUGGCUCUUUUUAAUGUUGUCAAGAACCGCGGCGGUGAGCUUGCAGACUCGACUGUACUGAGUCUUGUCGAGCAGCAGGUGACCCGCAUUGAGGCAUGCGUCAAUACACUAUCAGUGCGUCAUAUGAUGCGCCCAUUCAAGCCAGGCGACAAGCUUGAGGACCACGCUGUGCCUAUGGGCGAGAUCAUGCGAGAACUUCAAACACAACUGGCUGAGUUUAAGGCUCUUAAGGAGCAGCUCAGCGUUAGCACAUCUAGCCUUCCUCGACCUCUAGCCAACUUCGUCGAGGCGGUUACUCUUCCUCACAGCCCCUCAAGUGGAAAUAGCCGAGCGAGCUCCGUGGCUUCACUCCGCAACCGAAUCCUACCAUCCGCAUCUCCCACUCAAUUUUCCGACGCUCAGAACACAGAUUCUACAGACUAG